UAUGGCAGUCUCCUUCCGACGAAAUAAAAUUGUUGAAAAACUAUUCGAUGGAAAAUAGAAGAUCCACUUAGCGAUAAACUGUUAAUAAAUAGUUUAUUUUAGUAAUAAAUACUCAGAGGAAAAUAACAAUAAUAUAUCUCACGAAGUAUUUCCAUUACGAAUCGAUAUUAUUAAAAGUUGGGAAGAUUUCGUAGUUCAGUGUCAAUUCCUGAAUUUAGAUACAACCAAGCAGAACAGCUCCUUGUUCAGGAAAGUCAAUAUGGCUUCUACCAGCACCGUUGAAGUUCCUAGAAAUUUCCGGCUACUUGAGGAAUAUGAAGAAGGCCAAUCAGGUGUAGGUGAGGGAAUAAGCUGGGGAUUGGAAUCAGAUGAUGAUCUUUUAUUUGUCCAUUGGAACGGGACCAUUGUAGGUCCAGCUAAGACUCCCUAUGAGGGUAGAAUAUAUAAUUUGAAGAUAGAAUGUAGUCCUAAAUACCCAGAAGAACCUCCUAAUAUUAAAUUUCUCACAAGAAUUAAGAUAAAUGGUGUUAAUGAUACAAAUGGAGUUGUUGAUCGGAAAAAAGUGUGUGUUCUUAAUUGCUGGCAGAAAAACUACACAAUCAAACAUUUACUAACUGAAAUAAGACAAUUGAUGUACAUGAAGGAGAAUCAGAAGUUAUCACAGCCUCAAGAUGGUUCUAUGUUCCAGAAUUAGCAAUUUUUCUCUACCUCUCUUUUUACAAAUCUAGCAGUGGGCUGAACGAAAAUCUAUUUCUACUACUAUUACACAACACCUAUUAUUUUUCUUUUCUUUCCCCCCAGCUGCAACCAACAUCACUUAGCCUAUCCACUUCCCCUCCGUUUUCUUUCUCUUUCUCUGUCCAGUUGACUGAUGUAGUUAUGGUCACAUUCCUGUUCCCUCUAUCUUUACCCCUUUUUUUGAGGACCCAUGACUAAAAUUAAGUCUCUAUUUGUUCCCUCUUUCAAUAAUGCCAAGAAAAGAAAUUCUGUUAACAUUAUGGCUUGUCUCCAUUAUAUAUGUCUAAUUAUUGCUUCUUUCUGGAGAAUUUAAUAAAUUUAUGUGCAUAAUUACUGUGCACUAGGCAAACCAGUUUCAAUAUACCAGUAAAGUUUAAAAGAUUAGAAGAAAUAUCUGAGUGUAACUAUGACAAUCUUUAUCUACAACAAAGUAAUAAUCCUCUUUCUCUUGAUUUAAAAACAAAAUCCUUUGUUCUUUCUUUAAUCUAGUGAUUCUGUUAAAGGCAGUGAUCGGUAAUUCUUGUGUAGGCUUUCUUUUUUUAAAUUCUGAGCAUUGCACACUCUGGAUCACUUAAAUCUUUUCUGGAAUUUCUGGUCUUUAAAAUGAAAGCAACUCUAUAAGAUAAUCCAUUAAAAAAAAUACUUUGUGAAAGAUACCCUGAAAAAAAAAAAAAAAAAGAAUUUUUUUUUAUAUUUUAUAUUUUGCAAAUAACAAUAGAAAAGUGUGAGGGCUGGAUGAGAGCAAACCUUAUUUUGUGAAUAUGUGCUUCAAUUGCUUUAGAGAUGGCUUACAUUUUUUAGAGCCUAAAAACAGCACAUUCACUCUGGGAAAAAUGAAGUUAAUGAAUAAAUUCAACUUUUCAAAGGUAGUGGUUCGUUAUAUAAGUCAUAAUUAAAGAUAGAAAUAUUUUUCUUUCUCUUCUUCUUCUUCCUCUAAUCAGCUUAGUUGUUGAAAAACACAUAACUCCUGGACAUUGUUAUUCUGGACAAAAAGGAAGAAAGUCAAAACAAUUCUUUUAUUUGUCCAAUAAUCUGAAUCAAUAAAUUUGGUAUAAUAAUAACUAAUGAAAAGGAAGAAUCAUUUUCUUUCAAUAAAAAUGGUUUACUGUUACUUCAGAUUUAAAUGAAAAAAAUAUAUUUUCCCUAACAUUAAUUUUGGCAUUCAUCUUUUCCUCUUGCUAAUGCAUUUUUGUGUUAAGUUCCAGGUGUUGACUUGGCAAUCUCUGUACAAGUGGAUAAUAGCUGAUGUAAUUCUCAAAUUAAAAAUUAUGAAGCAUAUAAUCUCAUGAGAAUGUAAACGAUUAUAACAUUGACAUGUAUAUCUCCAUAAACACUUUUUAAUGCAUAUGAAUGCAUGUCCUAAUGUGUAGAUUUUCAAUGCAGGAGUAUUGCUUGUGUAGACGUGUAAAUACACAUCUUUAGAAACAUUAAAUAUAUAGCCCUGUGCACUCUUCCAUUUGUCAGCAUUGAUGUACAUUUGUAAACUAUAUUGUUUGCCAAGGUGAUUCAUUUUAUUGAGGAUGUAGUAAGAUCUAGAAAAAUGUCAUUUGUAACAGCUAAGUUAAAAUGAUUUACUUUUUUUUUUUUCCCCCAUUUGUUUCCUAAAAAGAAUACUAGGUUGGUCUGUUGGUUUCAUAUUUUAUCUGAAUGGACCUGUUAAAAGAUAUUUUUGCUUCGCUAUCAAAAAAGCCACUGCAAAUUUGGAGAACACUACCAAGACUCUUCUUCACUAUGUUGGACUUGGCUUUUAGUAAUUUUGAUUACUCUUCCAAAUAAAGCUUAAAAGAACUAA